UCAAAGAAGAUUCAUUAUCUUUGGCCUGAAUUUUUGUUUAGAAAAGAAGCACAAGGUAGUUCCCUUCCAGACCAAACAUCCAUGGUCAUAGCUUUUGGGUGUUCCAGAAGAAGAUUGCAUGUGUUCCCCUUUCUCUAUGCUCCUGGCUUGACCCAGAGGGCAAGAAGAAAUAAUGAUGAUGACACCUGAUAGGACUGGGGUGCUCAUUCCCUUCCAUUGCUAAACCCCAGUUCCUGCCCCCUAGUUUCUUUUUGCUGUUGUCCUGACAUUUGGCGCUGGCUUUUGUUGGGGAUUUCUUUUCCCCCAUCCUGAUAAGGGCACCACUGCAGACCAUGCUGUGCCUGGGGUUGUGGGCAGCUGCCCUGCUCUGCUUGUUUUCCCCUGGCACCGUGCGAGGUGACUGCUGGCUGAUUGAGGGGGACAAAGGGUAUGUGUGGCUGGCCAUCUGCAGCCAGAACCAGCCCCCGUAUGAGACCAUCCCCCAGCACAUCAACAGCACGGUGCACGACUUGCGUCUGAACGAGAACAAGCUCAAAGUGGUGCUGUACUCCUCCCUCAACCGCUUCGGCAACCUGACUGAUUUGAACUUGACCAAGAAUGAGAUCUCCUACAUUGAGGAUGGAGCUUUCAUGGGUCAGUCAAACCUCCAGGUCCUACAGCUGGGCUACAACAAACUCACCAACCUGACGGAGGGCAUGUUGCGGGGCAUGGCCCGUCUCCAGUUCCUCUUUGUGCAGCAUAACCUAAUUGAGCUGGUCACCCCCACUGCCUUCUCCGAGUGCCCCAGCUUGAUUAGCAUUGACCUGUCAUCCAACCGCCUCAGCCGUCUGGAGGGCAACACUUUCACCAGCUUGAGCAACCUGAUGGUGUGUGAGCUGGCUGGCAACCCCUUCAACUGUGACUGUAGCCUCUACAGCUUUCUUAACUGGCUGGCUCUCUUCAACAACGUCACCAAGAACUAUGACCGCCUCCAGUGUGAGACUCCACGCGAGUUUGCUGGGUAUCCCCUUCUGGUGCCUCGGCCUCACCACAACCGCAAUGCCAUCACCAUCUUCCAGUCCAUGUGCAGAGGGGGCACCAUCCCCUCCCUCUCCAGGGUCAACCCAACUCCUUACACCCCUGACUCCCAGCGAGAUCUGGAUGAGGGGUCAGCCAUCAGCCCUGGGGAUUUCCUCUCAGUCAAGCCUCCAGCCUCUUCCACCACUGACUCCUCCUUCAGUCCCAGCAUCAAGCUACACGAUGUCACCAUCACUUCGGCCAUCCUGAUGGUCACCAUCCCCAUGCCCUACAGUAAGAUGUAUGUGCUGGUCCAAUACAACAACAGCUAUGUUUCUGACAUAGCAACUCUGAAGAGCAAGAAGGAAUAUGUCACUGUCAACAAGCUGAAGGCCCACACUGAUUAUACAUUCUGUGUGGCCUCUAUCCGCAACAACAGGCGUUACAACCAUACUUGCCUGACAUUUGCAACCCGGAGCAAAGGCAGGGAGGAUCCUAUUUCCAGCACUUCCACCACUACACACUAUAUUAUGACCACCCUGGGUUGCCUCUUUGGGAUGGUCAUUGUCCUGGGGGUGGUGUACUACUGCCUGCGGAAGCGGAGGAUGCAAGAGGAGAAACAGAAGUCACUCAAUGUCAAAAAGACCAUUCUGGAAAUGCGUUAUGGAUCAGAUAUCGAUACCAGUACCAUGGUCCAUCCUUCCCAGAAGCUGGGUGAGCCGCCUGUCAUUCCUGUCUCACGGAUGUCCUCCAUCCCUUCCAUGAUUGGGGAGAAGUUGCCCCCAUCAAAGUCAAUGGAUGCUGGGAUGGAGACUCCUAAGGUCACCACUAAAGGUAACUACAUUGAGGUGCGGACUGGUGGUGGGGACGGGCUGGAGAGAACCCAGCGAGAUGAGGACCUGAGGGAGCUUGACAAUGGGCAAGGCUCAGCUGCUGAGAUCUCUACUAUAGCCAAGGAGGUAGACAAGGUCAACCAGAUCAUCAACAACUGCAUUGAUGCCCUCAAGCUGGACACAGCAUCUUUCCUGGGUGGUGGGACUGGUGUUGACUCAGACAUGGCCUUUGAGUGCCAGUCCAUCCCAGCCGGUUCCUCGAGUGGGCUGGAGCGGCCCAGCUUUCUUUCCCCACCCUACAAGGAAAGCUCCCACCACCCUUUGCAGCGCCAGCUCAGUGCUGAUGCUGCUGUGGCCAGAAAGACCUGCAGUGUCUCCUCUAGUGGCUCCAUCAAGAGCGCCAAGGUCUUCAGCUUGGAUGUGCCUGACCACCCACCACUCAGCAAGUCUGAUUCGAAAUACAUUGAGAAGGGCAGCCCACUAAACAGCCCUUUGGAUCGUCUUCCCUUGGUGUCUCCGAGCGCCAUCCACCACUUGGAGGUCAAGCCUUCUUACCAUUGCAGUGAGCACCGUCACUCCUUCCCGGCCCUAUACUACGAGGAGAGCGCUGACACCUUGAGCCAGCGGGUGUCAUUCCUCAAGCCACUGUCCCGGUCCAAGCGAGACUCCACGUACUCCCAGCUCUCCCCCAGACACUACUUCUCGGGCUACUCCUCCAGCCCCGAGUACUCCUCAGAGAGCACCCACAAGAUCUGGGAGCGAUUCCGGCCUUACAAGAAGCAUCACAGGGAGGAGGUUUACAUGGCAGCUGGGCACGCCCUGCGGAAGAAAGUUCAAUUUGCCAAGGACGAGGAUCUGCAUGACAUCCUGGAUUACUGGAAAGGAGUCUCUGCUCAGCAGAAGCUGUGACUCUUCCUCACAAAGAAACAAUACAAACCAAGACCCCCCUCCAACAACCAGAAAAAAAAAGCCACUUGACUGUGAAAAAUAAACCAACAACAAAAUACUCCUGACAAAUACAAAACUGACAAAACCUUUUCUUAAAGUUUACAACAACUCUUACACACACAGACACACACAUUGACACACACACAGACACACAGACACACAGACACACAGACACACAGACACACAGACACACGCCGAAUUGUCUCUACUGUGUUAUGGGGACCAUUGUUCUGCCCACAGGUGGUUGGGAGGAGCGUCCUGCUCUGACACUGUGGUAACAACGUUGGAGUGUGGGUGGGUGGGAAUGGCCUCGGAGUGGGUGGCAGUGGUGGCAGGAGAAGGGCAGGGAUGGACGCUCACGGGGCAUGAAACUCAGCUGUGAACUAUUCAUCUUUCUGUUCCUGCUGAAGGCUGAUUUUUCUUUUGGGUGGGAGGGAAGGACUUUCGUUUAGAAAGCUUCCUUGUCCACCUUGUACACCUGCUAUGCCAAAUCUUCCAUCACUAACUUUUCCCCUCAUUUUCUUUAGCAGUGGAGGCUUUUCUCUCUCUCCUGUCCCCUUCUAAGACAGAUGGGAAUUGCUGGAAGAAAUUCUCUCCCUUCUUUUCCUUUGGUCUUCCUUGUCCCUCUCUGUUAAGGGUCCCUAGGUUUGAAUUUCCUGUCUAGAUACUUCACAAAUCUCCGUCCUCCUCAGAGGAAGGAGAAGAGAUGUGAAGGACCAAGGCGGGUAGGUCAACAGUAUAACAGGUUCCGUGCCCUUGCUGCUCUUCCUCCUUCCCUUCUCCUGCCAUGUUGCUGCUGAUGAGCACCAGCAAUUCUGGAGGGACAGGCAUUCUCCAGGCCUUCUCAGAGCCAGUUUUCUCCCAGUUGGUGGGGAGAAACGGGUUGUGAAUGUUCUCUUUGGCACGGCAAGCCAGGUCCUCAAGGAGAGGUGGAGGGAAAGGCAGGAAGGCCUGGUCUCUCAGAGGUGUGUAGGGCUCCCAUCUCUCCAUGAGUGUUACAGGUCAGAGGUCCUCCUCACCACACACACCUAUGCUCAGGCUGCCCUUGUGUAGUCAGUUUAGUACUCUCUGUUCAUGUCCCUCUUACUCUGAGGAAGGGACUUGGAGAGGACCUCAGCAGAACAAGUUGUCCAUGAAGCUUCUGCGGCUCUUCCCAACUGAUUUACAACAUGGGCUGUGGGGUGGGUGUCCAUGAGAAGAGCAUCAUCCAACCUCCUCACUUCCAGGUGUAUGUGAAGAGCAGGAUUUCAGUUGCUCAUCUCAUUGGGUUGGCCUCACAAAGAAUCUUUCUCUUGUAUAGGUUGUGGACAUUCUGGCAUAGGGGACAGCCUAGGGUGAACACAGGAGCGCAGGGAACAAACAGGAUCUGAGAAUGGGGCCUGGGAGUAGCCCAAGAAGCAUGGCCUGGAAGAAGCUCCCUUUGUGUGUGCAGCCCCUGUGUGCGUGUGGGAUAGAAGAGGACAUGGAUGGCAGUGUUCCUUUGACUGCUUAGAGGCUCUCGUGUUGC